GCAGCAAUCACACAUGCUGCAGCCCCUACAUUCACACACGUAACUCAGAUAUGUCUCGUAUAUAUAUAUAUCAAUUAAGUUGGAAACACCUCACCUCAACCACAAAAAAAAAAAGAAGUUAAAAAGUGAGACAUGAACAUGAUCCAGAAAGGCGAAACGAAGCACUUCGUUCUAGUUCACGGUUUCUGCCAUGGAAGCUGGUGCUGGUACAAACUCGCCGCCGCGCUCGAGUCCAAGGGCUGCCGCGCCACCGCACUCGACCUCGCUGGCCCCGAUCGGAAUGAUCAGCUCCACCGCGAUUCGUCGUCGUUCUCCGACUACGUCCGCCCGCUCACGGAUUUCCUAGCCUCCCUUCCCGGCGGCGAGAGGGUCGUGUUGGUCGGCCACAGCUACGGCGGACUCGCCAUUUCCGUCGCCAUGGAGAAUUUUCCCGCCAAAAUAUCGCUGGCGGUUUUCCUCACAGCCUACAUGCCUAAUUGUGCGGACCCGCCCGCAUCUCUCAUCCAGGAGUUUUUCAAGAGGAGCUCGACGAAAUCUUUCAUGGACUGCGAGUUUACGUUUGAUGAAGACGGCGUUCCGCUCUCCGCCGUCUUCGGCCCGGAGUAUAUGGCGACCACAAUUUAUCGUAACUGCUCCGCCGAGGAUUUGGAGAUGGGGAAAAAGUUGAUAAGGCCGAGUUUGUUUUUCAUGAAAGAAAUGAGCAAGAAUGGUGUGGUGUCGGAGGAGAAAUAUGGGUUGGUAAAACGUUGUUAUGUAAUAUGCGAGGAUGACGAUGUGAUGGAUGAAGAGUUUCAGAGAUAUAACAUUGAGAAAAGCCUUCCACACGAAGUCAUUUCCAUAGAAGCAGCUGGCCAUAUGCCCAUGCUCACCAAAACUCUUUGUCUCUCCUCUUCUUUGCUGCAAUUAUCUCAUAAAUAUUACUAGUUCUCAUUAUUUGAAUUCUUUUUUUCACAAUUUACUUGAGACGCCAAUUGUAUUUUCUAUCGCCGCGGGAAAAAAUAAAAUGAGUCAAAAGUUCGUGUA